CUUUAUCCUGCAGUAGUGAUGAUGCUGAGUAUGGAAUUAAACAUCGGUGUGUGCUGUUAUAGGAAACUAAAUGACUGAGUGGUGUCAUGCCAAACAUGAAGUGAAUUUACUGUUAGUACUCUAGAUUUGAUUAUUUUCCUGUAAAAGCAUGUCCUGAAGUGUUUUACUCACAGCAAUGUGCAAACAAUUAUGAGUUUUAAUCUAUUAAUGAACAAUGCUGCAUGCUUUUUGUCCAUUUAUAACUUGUCACUUACAUUAUAGCAGCUAAAAGUUGUUCACUCCCCUGUCUCGUUUUUUCAUGACAAAAAGACACCAGUUGUCAUUUUACUGAGAUUGCAGUCAUAUAUCCGAUCAGAGCUGCUGUUAUAGAAUAUCGAUGAAGACCUUCUGACCAAUCAGAAUCAAGAAUUCAACAGCGCUGUGGUAUAAUGUGUCUAAAGUUUGCUUAUUCAGUUUUGCACCUGAAUUACACAGCUUGUGAAGCUAAGUGAUAAGGCUAGCUUAUUGUUUAUUAGCACUUCAUGAGUUUGCAAGUCUAAAUUAUCACAACACACUAUAUUGGACUCAGUCACACCACUUGUGCAUAAACUGUUUCGUAAAAAGUAGAUAUAAUAAUGAAAUAAAAUGGAAGUGUUUUAUUGUAGAAAUGGUGUUACUGAGCCAGACAGACAGUUGUGAUGAUGGUGUAGGAUGAUUUGCAAAAUGAUGAACUGGUAAAAAAAAAAAAAAAAGAAAGAAAAGAAAAAAGGGGGUAGUUAGCUUCAUAGGCCAUGUAAUUAGGGUGUUAAACUUAAGAAGCAAACUUUAGUCAUGAAGCACAUCUUCUGAUUGACUUCUUUUGUAUUAAAUUCUAAGUCAUUUCUUGCUAAACUACUUCUUUAGAUAUAUAAGAAUCCUUAUGUUCUGGAAAAGUUUGAAAACUAUAGUUUAAAGAUACUAGGUUGUUUAUUAGGCAUGAAAGAAAGAAAAAAACUGAAUAUCCAGGUCCAUUUGUCUUUUUGGAAAAAGUAUGGAUGAUAUAAAUUUUGAUUUUUUGAUGAAAUGGUGAUUUCAACACCAUGGUUGUAAAUCUGCUGUCGUAUAAUUAUGUUCUCUAUUUUCUAUAAUACAAUUAAUGACCUUUAAAAAUAAGCUUGACAACUCAACAUGGACACUUUCAGUAAGUAAUCUGGGAGAAAAGUUUUUAAAAUGAUGUUAUACAAGAUAAAGGCACGAAUCUUGAUGCAGUUCUCCCUUUAAAGUUUGGGCUUUACCCGAGCCAGAAGCUGGCGUGGAGAGACACCAAGCUGGCACACACAUCCUGAGGAGGAAAGUGAUUUGAAUUUAAGAUGUAGAUACAUCUCUUUAACUCUGAUGGGCUUUCUUUUGUUCAUUUCUAUGCAUAACCAUGUGCGUGUGUGUGUCAGAAAUGACAUCAAGACUGAGACGAUGAACAACUCGAGGUCCGGUGUAUGACUAAAAUUAAGAUCAGAUUUGCAGCAGCGUUUGACAUAAUGCCAUAAAAGUGUGCGUCAUUCAGGCACAAAGGACCAAUUUAUCCCCUUUGCACUUGCACCCAUUUGUGACAACUUUCUCUGAGCUUCUACAUGAAUAGACCUGUUAUUUUACAGAAGAAUGUUGAAUUGUAAUAUUCAGUACAGUGGCUGUGACGUACACAACUAUUUGCUGUGUGUGUGAGCAAGUGAGUCCAGUAUUUGGGUGUUAAAAUGUGCUGAGUGAGAGUGUGCUGUGUAGACAGCUCACAUUCACUGGCACUAUCUGCAUUUAAAAAAGAUUGAAUGCACCAGCUGAUCAGAUUAAUUGCUGACUGAACAGCUCGGGUUUGCCUUGGGUUGAGCUCUGGCACAUCUGAGUUACAGUACUUUAUACCACAGGACUGUUGAAAUCUCAGUCUGACUGGUCAGAAAUAUAUUGAUUCAUUUUCUAUAACAGCAGCUCUGACAAUAGUGCAAAUCGUAGGUUUGUGCAAUUGCUCUAAUGCGUUAUUGUUUCUAUAGUAAUAGUUCAUUUUCAGGGACUUGUAUACUGGACGAUCCACAUAAACCAAUUUUUAAAAAAAUCAUUGAUGUGAUGAAGUUGUCUGUGAGCAGACGUUUUUAUCUAACAUUUAUGGAAGGAGUCUCCAGUGUCAGAGGUGCAGCUAUAACUUUAAGUUUUCUGACAUGUGAAAAUCGGCAGGACAGCGGAGUUUGCGGAGUUUUUGUUUCAUUAACUUUAAUUAACUAAAAGAAAGGCUGGUAAGGGAACGAACGUUUAUAGCUGCUAUAAGAUAAGUGAUAACUAACCUGUUUUGUGGACGUUUCAACAAUGCAGGAUGUACAGUUAUAGGAAAAGAAUCAACAUCGGGAUGUAAGGAGGAACUCCGCUUCACAUCACUUCACUGCGAUGUUGAUUAUUUUCCUAUAACAGAACCACUCCAGGUGUUUUAUUCCCUCUGUGUAAUUCAGUGCAUAGCCCAUCUGUUGUUAUGGACAAUGUGUUGUCACCCCUUUCUGCCCCCUUUCUGUCCGGACACUGAUGAAAGCACAACUGAUGAUGGAUUAUCACACAGUGUGUAUGUUUAGCCUCUAACACGUCAACUACAAGGAGGAUUGUGUGUGUGUUUUCUCAGAGUUUGUUAGGACUCUGUCCUGGGCCCAUCCUCCAUGCUUUACACGCUGGCAGGAGGAGGCACGCUGAGUGGCACCGCCGCCCUCGUGCUCCUUAUCGUUUCCACAGCCACUGACUUCUGGAUGCAGUAUCGCUACUCGGGAAACUUUGCCAAUCAGGGCCUCUGGAGGUUCUGCAUCAACAAGAAGUGCCAUGCUCACACACUCACUGUGGCCUUCUGGGAUGCCACGCGAGCCUUCAUGCUGCUGUCUGUGCUGAGCUGCUUCGCUGGUGUGGUGCUGGGCCUCAGUGCCUUCUCCAACAGAACCAAAAACACGAGGGUGAGAACUGCAGGAAUCACUCUACUGCUGUCUGGUUUCUUUGCUCUGUUAGCUUUGGCAAUCUACACUGGUGUGACUGUGAACUUCUUUGGCAAGCGUUACAUUGAGUGGAGGUUCUCAUGGUCCUACAUCCUUGGCUGGGUCGGCAUCAUUCUGACUAUAACAGCUGGCAUCCUCCAAAUUUGUGGCUACAAGAGGAGCACUGCUGAACCAGCGCCUCAAAAUCCUACAGACAGCUGGAUUUCUCCUGACCAGUAACCUUUAGGCUGAGUUUCAACUAUUACAAGAUGACUCUUUAAAACAUUCACAUUCUUGCAAUAGCAACAUAUGGUUGAAAUAAAAAAAUUUUUUUUUUGCACUA